AUGUCUAACUCAAUUUAUGGUUCUCCCUUUCCAAAAAUAAACCCGAAAGUCCGCUACAAGACAGCUCUAGAGAGAGCAGGGUUUGAUACUAAGCCGCGUAGUCCGUUCAGUAGUCAGAGGAACGCUUCAACAGGAAGUUUACAAGCUUCCGUGAGAUCACCGCCGAUAAUCCGUCAAAGGAAUGUGUCUGCUGCACCGUCUGUACCGGUCACGAUAAGGAGCGCAUAUACUAUGUCUUCAAAGGGUACACAUUCUUCCAGGAAGGACGAGUCUGGCAUUUAUCCGCUCCCUGUGCUGGUCGAUAGUAGGAGACAGAGUGUCUGUCCUUCAAAUAAUAACAACAUUUCAUCUUCAAGAGACACUAAAGUGUCUCAUCCUAUUUCCAAAGCGAAUGAGCGUGCCUCACAGGACGAUCCCUUCCGUUUCGACCGUAACUUAGACCAUUACAGAGAACAGGAUGCUUCUGCUAGACAUACGAAUGAAUCAUCUGCUAACGCAGGCCACUCCCUUUUCAAUUUUGAACAAGAAAACACUAAUAAUUCUAGAGGGGAGCAGGAUUUGAGUCCCAUCGAAAGAAGUUUUAUGAUGUUGACUCAAAACGACACUGCAAGCCUUUUCAAUUCUAUCAAUCAAACCAAUAAUGGCAGUGCUUUCGAGCGAGAGCUCGAACUUGAACAACAAGAAGACGAAAAAGAAGAAGAAGAAAAUGACGACAAAAGCUCCAUCAAAUUUGAGAAGACAGAACAACAAGAAGAAAACGAUGUAAAAAGCUUAAAUUUCGAACCACAUCCUGAACUACAGGUAAAUUUGAGCAAAGAUGAGUUGCUUCAAGAAAACUAUCCGGAAGAACAACGAGAAGAGCAAACAAAAAUGGUCAACAGUAUUCCGGAAAUCAAUGUUACGCGAGAAAGUGCUACACCACGCUUAUUCAUUGAUACAUCAUACAGCAGUGAACCGACAGACUCUAAAUUAUUCCCUCAUGAUAAUUUUGCGGGCAUAGAAUCUUCAAUGAAACAGAAAUCAUCUGGCGUUUCGUCAUCGUCCACAAGCGUAGGGGAUUUAAGUCUCGAUGGCACAAGUGAAAAACGUCUAUCAACGGCUUCGUCAGAUAAUAUCGAAACACCAUACACUGCUACGAAUCUGCAGGUUGAACAAUUAAUUGCUCAAUUAGAUGACGUUUCACUAUCCAGAAAUGCCAAGCUCGAUAUGAACAAUAAUUCUUUGAACGUAGUAGACAGAAAAGCAUCUAGAUUUAAAAAGUCAAGUGCAUAUUUAUCUGGGUACCCCAGAAUUAACACACCUGCAGCGCAGGAAAUAUCCGUUAUGCAAAAUAGCGGUGAAAACUUGAGCAGACAAAGUCUUUCAGUGGAUAAAGACGACAUUGAUGACGACGUACCCUCUACUUCCACAACCAAUGGCGGUACACCAAUUUUUCACAAGUUUAAACAGUCAAAUGUUCAGUACUCUGAUGUUGAAGAAAAUAGCUCGCAAAACAAUUUCAAAGCAGAAGUCCCUACAAUUGAAGCUUUACAAUUGGAGCACAAGCAUAAUAUAACAGAUUUGAGAGAAGAGGCUGAUGGUUCUAGAUUGGAUGAUUCACAAUCAUCAGUUAAUGCCAGGUCUAUGGGGCACAGCUCUGAUGCAGAUUAUAAAGAGACAGAGCCUACUGAAUUAAAAUAUCCCCCUGGAGAGGGCCCUUGUAGAGCAUGCGGUUUGGAAGUCACAGGAAAAAGAAUGUUUUCCAAAAAAGAAAACGAACUGUCGGGACAAUGGCACCGUGCAUGUUUUAAAUGCAUCGAAUGUGGUAUUAAAUUUAAUAAACACGUUCCUUGUUAUAUUUUGCGGGAUACACCUUACUGUCAAAGGCACUAUCACCAGGAAAAUCACAGUAUUUGUAAAGUUUGUUCGAACUUCAUAGAGGGGGAAUGUCUGGAAAAUGAUAAGGCCGAAAGAUUUCAUGUUGAUUGUCUAAACUGUUUCUUGUGUAAGACCGCCAUUACCAAUGAUUACUAUAUAUUUAACAAGGAGAUUCCAUUGUGCGGCAAUCACGACAUGGAAGCUCUUUUGAAGGAAGGUAUUGAUAGCGCUACAUCGAGCAAUGAUAAAAACAAUACUCUCUCUAAAAGGAGGACAAGACUCAUCAAUUUCAACUAG